ACAAAACACAUCCACACACGCAGAAACAAAUGUUUGUACAGUAACAGCAGCAGCAACAAUGAUUGGAACAUGGAAAUUAAUUUCACAUAUACUAACAUUAUUAAUAUCAAUACCGAAUAUUAUUGAAUCAAAAUUGAACAAUUAUGACAAGAUUGGGCAACAUUUUAAUUUGACCGAUAAACAAAUAUUGGAUCAAAUAAUUAUACCGGAUAAAUACGAUUAUCGUAUGAGACCAGAAGAAAAAACCAUAGUAAAUCUUAGCAUAUUAAUAUUAACAUUAUCAUCACCGGAUGAAUCAAGUGUUACUUAUGAAAUUGGUUUUGUUCUUAUGCAACGUUGGUAUGAUCCUCGGUUACGUUUUGAAUUGCCCGAUGCAUUAUUAUUGGAUACAAAAAAUUCAAAUUCAAUCUAUCUUAAUGGUCUUAAACAUACUGAUCGUAUUUGGAUACCAGACACAUAUUUUAUAAAACAUGGUGAAUUUCGCCAUACAACCGAUCAAUUUGAUCCAUUGCACAUAACAUUGAAAAUAUUUCCAAAUGGUACCGUUCUUUAUACAACACGUCGUAAUAUGAUUCUUACCUGUGAAGGUAAUCUACGAAUAUUUCCAUUCGAUAGUCCAAAAUGUUUUUUUGGUAUCGAAAGCUUAUCGCACGAAAAAGAUCAAAUCCGUUUCCAAUGGGAUGAACAAGUGUCCAUAAAAACAUCGGAUUCAUUGAAAACAAUAAAUGCCUAUAUGACACGUAAUGAAACUAAUCGUUGUAAUAAACGACAUUCAUGGCGUCGUGAAUUUAGCUGUUUAAGUGUUUUAUUAAUAUUUUCACGUGAUCAAUCAUUCUAUUUUACUACUGUAUUUGUACCUGGUAUGGUACUUGUUACUAGUUCAUUUAUUAGUUUUUGGCUCGAUGUUAAUGCUGUACCUGCACGUGUUAUGAUUGGUGUAACGACCAUGUUGAAUUUUUGCACGACAACCAAUAGUUUUCGUUCAAAAUUACCAGUUGUAUCGAAUUUAUAUGCAAUGAAUCUUUGGGAUUUUGUUUGCAUGUUUUUCAUUUAUGCAUCAAUGAUUGAAUUUAUUAUUGUCAAUUAUAUUUAUCGUAAAGGUAAUCAACAACAACAACAACAACAACAGCGAACAUCGACACGUUCAAAACAGGAUAGUUUUACAAGACAAGAUUUUUCUUUCCGUAACAAAAGUUUAAGAAAUAUUUAUAAUCGUGAUGAACCAACACCACUACCAACAUCAUCAAUUACACGUGAACAUAUGGAUAAUUUGCCAAAGAAAAAAUUUCGCCGUCAACAAACAACGGAAUUGGAUAUACGAAUAGCUAAAAGUAAUUAUGCACGUGCAGCAACUACAAACAUUCCAACAGCAGCAACAGCAACAACAACAGCAACAUCUUCAGCAUUAGCCAUGACAACCGGAACAGAUACUGGUUCGGAAAGUGAAAAUAUUGAUCCAUUAAGUGGUGAUUAUUAUCGUCCGAAUUAUCAACGACGAUCAGCAAUUGGUUCCACAACAACUGCAUUAAAUCAAUCAUUUCGUGUACGUGUUAAUAAUAAUAAUAAUAUGCAACCAACAUUAAGUGAAGAACAGGAAACAGAAAAAUUAAAUGUACAACAAAUGAAAAAUAUCGUAAUGGAAUGGAUAAAACGUCCAUAUCUAUUUACAGCCAGUGAACAAUAUAGUAGUAAUGAACAAUUAGCACGUUCAAUUGAUCAUAUAUCGAAAACAGUAUUUACAUUAACAUUUGGUUUAUUUUCAUUUUUCUAUUUUUUAACAUAUGCAUUUAUUAAACCGGCACAAUUAGAUGAUUGGAUUGAAAAAGAAUUUGAAGCAUCAGAUUGGUGAUAUGCACUGCAUAGUAUUCUUAAAAAAUUCUAUAUUCAAAUGUUCAAAAAAAAAACAAAUUCCAUUUACAUAUUUCAGAGACACACAUAUAUAUUUCACAAAUAAAUAUUAAAAAAAAAACUUUUUCUAUCCGGUUUUCGAAUAUAUGUCGGUUGUUUGUUAUAUCCGCUGGAUGGAAGCAGUUUGUUGUAAAUUGUGUUUAUAUACAACAACAACAACAACAGACAAUGUAAUUUCAAGCACAAAGUAAAAAUCAAAGUUAAAAAGGCAACAGCAGACAAAAAAUAAUUCUGCCCUGAAGGAAGGAAAAUGUAGCAUGGUUUAUUGUAUAGUUUGAAUUAUUAUUUUUGGAUAAAGAAACGAUGAUAAUCAGUCACAAGUUUCAAGGUCCGAAGGUCCGAAGAUCAUUCAUGUUUGGUUGUUGAGAAUAUUCUGAAUAUAAAUUUAAACUUAUCCCGGAUCCCCCGGAUCCGGUAUUUAUUUAGUCCGAUCAAAAAAAAAAAUCCAUUCUUUUGAUGUGGAAAUCAUGUGAUGAUGGUAAA